AAUGCCAAGGUAUCAGCUGGAAGCCUGGAACACUCUCCAUCUCUCUCUCUAGUCUCUAGUCUCUAGUAGUACCCUCCCCAAAAUUCUUCCAGAUCCCUCUCUUCUCUCUUACUCUCUCUCCUCAAUCUCAAUACCAGCACACACCACUCUCCCCCCACCACCAUCUUCUCUGUGGAAUUGCGAAAGCCACCAACUUGGGUGUUCUUCCAUCUCUCCCACCCUCCCCCCCCGCCCCUCUCUCUGUCUCUCUGCCAUGAUUAACCCAUUGGUUUCCAAUGGAAUCCCAUUAAUUCCCCAAGUCUUAGCAAUCCAAAACCCCCCACAAAGACCAUCAUUUCCCCUCUUGAGAUCAAUCCGUUGUUCUAACAAUCCAAACCCCAAAACCCUUAUCAUAAACCCUAUCAGAACAAACCCAGACGAGGUCCCUCCAAUUAACUCCAAGAAGAACAAAGCAUAUGAGGAAAGAAAAGGUUUUUCCCAAUUGGGUAUUAGAAAGAUGUUGGUUUUGUGUGGAUUUGGGUACUGGGUACAAGGUUUCAGGGGAUUCCCCUGGCUUGGGCUUAAUUUCCACAUGGCCAACAAUCUUAAUUUCGACCCAUCAACUUUGCAGCUUGUGCAGAACACUGGAAACCUCCCCAUGGUGAUUAAGCCUCUCUAUGGAAUCUUGUCUGAUGCUCUUUACAUUGGUCGUGCUCACAGAAUUCCCUAUAUUUGCAUUGGAGUCCUUUUGCAGGUUUUAUCUUGGGGGUCAUUGGCAUUGAUCCCCUUUGCUCGCGAAGCCCUUCCUACUCUUAUGGGGUGUGUUCUUCUCAGUAAUCUUGGGGCAUCCAUUACAGAAGUUGCGAAAGAUGCUCUUGUUGCUGAGUAUGGCCAAAAGCAAAAAAUAAAUGGCCUUCAAUCUUAUGCAUUCAUGGCCUUAGCUGCUGGUGGAAUCCUCGGUAACUUAUUGGGUGGAUUUUUUUUGCUGAAAACACAAGAACCCAAAUCCAUUUUUCUUAUCUUCACUUUGUUACUUGCCCUUCAAUUUGCAAUUUCUUUGGCAACAAGAGAGGAUUCGCUUGGUUUGCCUCAGCCAUCUCCCAACUCUCUUGAAAAGAGAUCGAUAUCAGUUAGUAUCAGGAAGCAGUAUUCCGAUCUUUUAAUGGCAAUCAGUGAUGAGAGUAUCUCCCGGCCUUUGAUCUGGAUUGUAGUUUCAAUUGCCACAGUCCCAAUUCUCUCGGGCUCCAUCUUUUGCUACCAAAUACAAUGCCUUCAUGUAGAUCCUUCCAUCAUUGGGAUGUCUAGAGUGACUGGCCAAUUGAUGCUUCUUGUGAUAACUCUACUCUAUGACCGUUUCGGGAAAACUGUUUCCAUGAGAAAACUGAUUGGUUUAGUGCAGAUUUUGUAUGCUGCUUCUCUCCUCCUUGACCUUGUCUUGGUGAAGCAGAUCAAUCUGAAACUGGGUAUUCCGAAUUGGGUUUUUGCCCUUUGUUUUUCUGGAGUAGCGGAAACUAUUACCCAAUUUAAGCUCUUGCCAUUCCAAGUGCUUUUUGCAAGUUUGGCUCCACCGGGUUGCGAAGGAUCACUCGCUUCCUUAUUGGCCUCAGCCUUGUGUUUGGCAUCCAUAGUUGGUGGGUUUCUGGGUGUCGGAUUGUCUUCUCUUCUUGGAACAACAUCAGGUGAUUAUGCCAGCCUGCCUGUGGGAAUUGUCGUACAAUUUCUUGCAGCUUUAGUGCCACUGGGAUGGAUUUAUCAUGUCUCCUCAUCGCAACCUGUUGUUGAGACAGAAAACAAUAGAGGUAAGAGUAAAAGAACUCGAAGAAAGAGGAGGGUUGGACGAGUUGUUUUUGCCUCUGUUUAUGACUACCGUAGAGAAAGAGAAUCGGAGCUGCAUAAGUAAGAGAUGUACUUCAAUCUAAACAAACCAUGGGGAUGCUUACAUCAGUUUUCCUGCUCUAUCUAUUUUUAGAUGGCAAUUCUUUGACUGCCUUAAUAAGCAGAUUUGAUUGCCAUUGUGAAUGCCUUUCGACCUCUAACCCAAGUGCAACUAUUUUGCUCCUGAAGGGUUGCAUUCUCCAAAUGUACAUACAGCAAUUUUUUUGAGCUGUACGCAGUACAGAAUUUUCAUGAACAUUCAGUUUGAGCUGCGGGAGUUCGUCAAAUGGAUGGUCUGGCAAUUCUAACAUGCAUCAGGACCAGAUUUUCACAGUCGAUAUCUUGAAAUUCCUCCAUUCCAUAAGCAUGACUUUCCUGCUGUCUACAUACAGAUUUCUGUGCAAGCAGGAUGUAAAUGCCAUUUAGAACGUGUACAGAGUCAAUCCCCGGCAUUGUUUUGAGCAAGUCUAGCGUCCCAGAAGCUAAUUUGCUUAAGUACGUUAGGGAUGUUAGAAGAAUCUCUCAUUGUCAGGUCGAUGCCAUGUCCUAAUCUCGCGAAAAAUUGAAACAUUUUCUUGUUAAUCCUAAACCACUCUAUGGAGUUGAGAAGAAAGUCUUGGCCUGUCAUAUUGAUGCACCGGAUUGCACUACAGAGCAUUGCACGCUAGAAGUGCAAAAGCUGCAGACCUUACUUUCAUGUCAACAUGACUUGCUCAAUCCAAUGGCCUAUGAUAACCAAACCAAUCAAACUGAGUUUUAUGUUCCAAUCAAUUGGGAUCGGCAAUCCAACGGCCUAUGAUAUACUUCUUAAAUAACAACCAGCUCACUGGUCAAGAUGAAGCUGUAGCUUCGGCACUGUUGGAAUUUCAAGAGAAAUUGAAUUGAUUACUUCGAACAAGAAGAGGGAGAAACAAAUGAAUGACACUUUGUGAUAUUCUCCUCCUCAUUUUGCAAAAGAACGA